AUGGUAUUGGUAUCUAAAUCAAGUACAUUAGCUUCCGAUUUAAAUAGAAAUUUAAAAGUAAAGAUAGAUUCAUUGAAAAGAUUAGAGAAAGAUUACAAAUAUUAUCAAAAGGAAUUGGAAGAGCAAAAGAAUACAGUACAACAAUUUAAGAAUGAUAGCACAAAAGAUGAAUAUGAUGUAAAGAAACAGGUUGAGAUAUUAGAUGAAAAUAAAACAAUGAUUAUAGAUACUGUGAAAAGAUUAACAGAUUCAGUGAAUAUUUUAACAGAUUUUUUGGAUGAUAAUCAAGAUAAAACUGAAAGUUUAGAACAAUAUAAUGAAGCUUUAGAAUUGGUUGAAAGAUUGUAUUCAGAGUAUUUAGAUGGAAAUUAA